AAAGGUUUGCUCUGCGGACAUCACUGCACAGUCAUGCUUUUGGCAUUCAGAGCUUUGCUGGUGCUGGGCCUGGUGGCGCUGCUGCACGGGAAUCACUCGGUGAAGGUGCAGCUGGGGACCAAACAGAAGAACAAGACCGUGAGGCUCAUCCUGGACAACACACUGCAGUCUCACAUCGGCAGCAUGUCCGCUUCACGCACUGCCAACAUGUCUCUCUCACCAUGGACUUACAGAAGCUCCUGUGUGGCGUCUCGGUUUCCCCAGAGGAUCUCCUACGCUCAGUGUCUGACCUCUGGCUGUGUGAGCCCACAUGGAGAGGGGGAGGACAUGGCGCUGGAGGCCAAACCCAUCUACUACCAAGUCCUGGUGCUCCACAGAGAAAAAAUACAUGGGUGGAACAAAAACAAACAAAGGAAGAAGUAUGCCUUCAGACUGGCGACAGAGACCAUCACCGUGGGCUGUACCUGUGUGAGGCCCAGUGUCGUCGCCCAACACUGAUAAAGAUCACGAUGGGAUGCACUGAAUUUUGAAUUCACGAGCCCUGUAGACAGAUUGUCAGAAAUGUACACUCAGUGGCCACUUUAUUAGGUCCA